CUCGGGAGUGGGGCAGGCGGCGGCUGGGAGCAGCCGUUUUUGGGGUCUCCAAAGCAUUUUUGGGACGGCCAAAAAUUUGGGGAGUCCGAGUCAGAGCUGUUCAUCCUCAGCAAGCUGGAUCUUCCUCCUCUGUAACCCCCUGGGGGGGGGGUACUGAGCCCCCACUGUCCAGGGCUCGGGGACCGCGGUGCCCGAGGGGCACCCCCAGGUGUGCCCAAACUGCGUGAUUCCCCCGGCAGUUUAAUCCAGCCCCCAAAAUCCCCGGGCAGCGGCGGCUCGGGGUCGGCGGCGAUGGCGCCGGGGGCCGGGCGGGCCUUGGAGGCGGCGCCGCUGUCACCACGGAGCCACCGCGGGGUGCCGAGGGCCGGGGUGCGCGGCGGGCGGGCGGCACCGCUGGCUGUGUCCCCGGUGCCCGUGCCCGCCGUGCCCCGCCCGCCCGGCAGUGACGCGCUGGCCUCGCAGGGCGGAGCCUCCGCCCUCCGCUCCCGCCAUCACCAAACUUUCCGCCGGCCCCGGCCGCCGCCGCCGCCUCCCGGCACAUGGCACCGCCAGCCCGGCGCUGAGCCCCGCCAGCACCCCCGGCCGGGGCAACGCCACCGCGGGCAGCGGGGACAGCGCGGCCGCCACCGCGCCAGCGCCGCUGUCGCCGGCACCCAUCGCGGGGCUCUCGAGAGGACGGGGCAGAGCGGCGAGGGGCGGCCGGAGGCAGCGGAGCCGGUGCCCAUGUGCCCGCGGUCGCGGCGGGGCGAUGAAGCCGCGAUGAGCGCGGCGGGCGCGGGCACCGUGCGGCCCUGGAAGCCCGACCCGGGGCAGGCGGACGGGGGGCGGCCGCCGCCGGGGCCGGCGCUGCCGCUGACCCUCAGCGUGCUGGCCUGGCUGGGCACCGGCACCACCAUGGCCGGCCUCAACAAGUGGAUCUUCGCGGCGCACGGGUUCCGCUACCCGCUGCUGCUCUCGGCGCUGCACAUGCUGUCCGGCGUGGCCGUGGGGUACCCGCUGGGCUGGGCACGGGCACCGGGCCCUCGGCCCCGCGCCAGGAUCUACCUGCUCAGCCUCACCUUCUGCACCAGCGUGGCCCUGGGCAACCUGGGCCUGAGCUACGUGCAGCUGGACGUGGCACAGGCCGUGGCCACCACCACGCCGCUGGUGACGCUGGUGCUGGGGCUGCUGGGGGGCCGGCGGCCGCACCCGCUGCAGUUCUGGGCCAUGGGGCCGGUGUGUGCCGGGGCCGCCUGCAGCAUCGCCGGCGGGCUCUGCUUCUCCCAACCCGGCUGCGGCUUCCUCCUGGCCGCCACCGUGCUCCGCGCCCUCAAGUCCAUCCAGCAGAGUGUGCUGCUGCAGGAGGACCGUCUGGACGCGCUGUCCCUGCUCGGCCUGACGUCCCUGCCCAGCUUCGUGCUGCUCUUCGGGGCGGCUGUGGCGCUGGAGCUGGGCCCCUCGUGGCAGGGCGUCCUUCGCCCCGACGCCGCGCUCUGGGGCUGUGUUCUGCUCAGCUGCCUGGGCUCCGUCCUCUACAACCUGGCCACCUCCUGCCUCCUGUCCCUCACCUCGGCCCUCACGCUGCACCUCCUGGGCAGCCUCACCGUGGUGGGCAACCUGCUGCUGUCGUGGCUGCUGUUCGGCACGCGGCUGGGCGCGCUGGGCUAUGCCGGCGUGGCGCUGACGCUGGCAGGGAUGGUGCUGUACCACCAGCCCCGGCUCCUGGCCACCUGCUGGGGCCUGCAUGGGCUGCGGCGGCACCCGCGCCACGAGUAGGGACCCGAGGGGGGUCGGGGCCAGGAGGGCUCUGGGGGAGAGCUGUGCACACGUGUGCCAGUGUGUGUGACUCCUCUGUGCACAUGUGUGUCAGUGUGUGUGACUCUGCACACGUGUGUCAGUGUGUGUGAAUGUGCAGCUGUGUGCCAGUGUGUGUCACUCCUCUGUGCACACAUGUGUCAGUGUGUGUGACUGCACCUGUGUGUCAGUGUGUGUGACUCCUCUGUGCACACAUGUGUCAGUGUGUGUGACUGUGCACACAUGUCAGUGUGUGUGACUGCACCUGUGUGCCAGUGUGUGUGACUCCUCUGUGCAUGUGUGUGCCAGGGUGUGUGACUGUGCACGUGUGUGCCACUGUGCAUGGCUCUGUGUGCACACACAGCUGCUGAGGUACACACGUGUGAUAGUGUGCAUGGUUGUGUGCACGUGUGUUUUCUGGUGUGCCCAGAAGUGAGUGUACACGUCCUGCUUUGCACAGUGUCCAGGUGUGCUGGUGUGCACAGCACUGUGCACAUGGACGUGCUGACGUGCACACGUGAUGUGUGCACUGCUGUGUGCAUGUGUGUGGAAUUGCACACUUGGAUGUGAGUGGAUCUGUGCACAGCUCUGUGCUUGUGAGUGUGCACAGGCUCUGCAGGUGUGAGCAUGGCCCUGUCUGGGACAUGCGUGUGUUGAUGUGUAUGACACUGCACACAUUGGUGUGCACAGCUCUGGGUGCAGGUGUGGGUGUGCACAGGCUCUGUGUGCAAGCAGAUCUUGUGCUUGUGGGCAUGUGUGCGUUGCCACAGGCUGUACACAGGUGUGUGCAGUGUCUGUGUGGCACACGUGUGCUGGCGUGUGCAGGCUGGGCGUGCACAGCUCCAUGAGUGUGUGUGUGCAGGUGUGUGCUGCUGGCAGGUACCACUGUGCACUGGCUCUGCACGGUGAACAUACGGGCUGGGCACGCCCGGGGACAUGGCUCUGGACACAGCUCUGGAUACACAGCUCUGUGCAUCCAGCUGCUGUCCCACCUGGGAAAACAGUAGGUGUGUGUGUGUCUGUAUGUCUGUCCGUGUGUGUGUCACUGCUGAGCUCUGCUGGCUGGAGUGGCCUCUGGCUCUCUGUGUACACUCGGUUCUCAUGGCCGAACCGAAUGCCCAGGACAGGGCAGGUGUGUCCCCUCUCCUGUCCCCAUCCCCACCGUGUCGUGACAAUCCCACGGGGCUGCCAGUGGUGCUGCCGAUGUUGUCUUUGUCCCCACCACGCCCCUCAGCCCCCACAGCUGUCCCCGCCCCUCCCAGCUCGCUGCAGACUGGCAUCCGUGGCAGAGAUGGUGAGAGCCCAGCCGAGGGCACGGGAGCAGCCUGGACCAGCUGCCAUCGCUCCAGGACAGUGGUGGGCUGUGACAUGGGACAGUGCUGGGCUGUGACACAGCACAUGCUCACCGUGGCAAAGGACAACCCGGUGUGUGCCUGGCACGCUGCCGGGGUCCGUGGUGGCCACACUUGUAUCUCCACGCCGGGGCCGAAGGACCCAGCUCCGAUUGCACUUGUCCCAAAAUAAAGCUCUAUUUUUGUUGUACUCCA